GUUGGAACGCAGCCUGUGAAACAUCUUCGACUCCGAGUCCGCACCAUCUCAUCCUUCCAUCCCUAUCCUUCUACGACGAUGCUACAAUCCAUCCGCAUCUCUCGACGCUGAGAUCCGACGAUGACGCGCUCCGAAGAGCCCCUCCUGGCGCGCCCGACGUCGCCCAACUCCUCGAACGAAGAAAACAUCGAAGAGGAAGACGCCCUGCUCACCGGGCAAUCCACUCACAGAGGCCCCAACAAAUUCGCACGAUGGCGUGAGAUAGGAAUCUUCGUAUGGGCCCUCAUUGCCACCGUGGCUGUCAUUAUCCUUGCCGUGGUCUAUCAACAUGAAUCAUCCAUCCAACGGCACAGAACAGGAGGAUGGGGCUCUGAUGGCCGACCAACGGGCAAACGCAACAUGAUAUUCAUGGUAUCUGACGGAAUGGGCCCUACAUCCCUUGCUAUGACACGGAACUUCAGACAACAUGCAAGCGGCCUUCCAAUCGAUGAAGUCCUCGUCCUGGACAGACACCACAUCGGCUCAUCACGCACACGCAGCACAAGCAGUCUGAUCACCGACUCCGCCGCCGGUGCCACCGCUUUCUCCUGCGGCUUCAAGAGCUACAACGGUGCCAUCUCCGUCCUCCCAGACCACACACCCUGCGGCACCGUCCUCGAAGCGGCAAAAAGGGCAGGCUACAUGACCGGCCUCGUUGUGACCACACGCAUCACCGAUGCCACACCCGCUUGUUUCGCAGCACACGCCAACCGCCGCGAAUACGAAGACUUGAUCGCCGAGCAAAUGAUCGGGAACUACCCGCUCGGUCGUGUCGUCGACAUUAUGAUAGGCGGCGGGCGUUGCCACUUCCUUCCCAACACGACCGAGGGUUCAUGCCGCGGGGACGGUACAGAUGUGGUCGCCAUGGCCAAGGACAAGUUCGAUUUUUCGUACAUCGACAACAAAAAGGAUUUUGACAACCUUGACGCCCGAGGUGGUGUUAAACUCCCCCUCCUCGCUCUCCUCGCGAAUACCGAUAUCCCCUACGAGAUUGACCGCGUGCAUGUGUCGGACACUUAUCCCAGCGAGGCCGAAAUGGCGGAAGUCGCCCUUAAAGCCCUCUCCGCCGCGACAAAGGAGUCGGACAAGGGCUUUUUCCUUAUGAUCGAAGGCUCGCGAAUCGACCAUGCCGGACACGGUAACGAUCCGGCCGCGCAGGUUCAUGAAGUCUUGGCUCACGACAAGGCCUUUGCCGCCGUGCUGAAGUUCCUCGAGGAAGACAACACAGAGGGCGUGCUCGUCUCGACUUCAGACCACGAGACAGGAGGUCUUGCAGCUGCUCGGCAACUUCACGAGACGUACCCGAUGUACAGGUGGUAUCCUGAAGUUCUAGCAAAUGCAAGCCACUCAGGCGAGUACCUUUCUGCUCAGUGGCACAAGUUUCUCGAUUCGUCGUCCACUUUGUCCCAGAAGGACAAGCAAGACAAGCUCGCCGACCUGCUCACUUCCGGCCUUGGGGUUGUCGAUUACACACAAGAAGAAAUCGACGCCAUCAUCAACGCCAAACCAAUCUGGCCGCCGUCCUACCUGUUCGCCGAUAUGGUCUCGCGCCGUGCACAAAUAGGCUGGUCCACGCACGGCCACAGCGCGGUGGAUGUCAACAUAUACGCUUCACAUCCCGACCACGCCCCUGGACUGGUCGGCAACCACGAGAAUACCAGGGUGGGCGAGUUCAUUGCCGAAUACCUCGACCUGGAUCUCGAGCCGAUCACAGAGGAGUUGAAGUCCAAAGGCGUCAAGACCUCGGGUGGUGAACAGGGAGACCAGGAGUGGGGAGAAUGGAUGGGUCCACAUGGCCUGCCUAUCAAUGAGAACGGCUUGCUCGUCCACAUUGACGAGUACCAUGGCGAUUUCAAGCACAGAAAACGGGAAGCCGAGUUUGGUGUCGACUGUGGGUGUGGAAUGAGGCAUUGAUUACUAGUAGAUAAGAUUUGUUUCUGAAAUCAGCGUGCAUGGCGUUGGACGUCUUGGAUGGACGGAAUAUGGAACUUGACUUGAUGUUUCGGUGCUGGUGCAAGGACCAGGGCACAUAUUUGGAAGUGGUCGCUAAGUCCACAUAUGAGACUCGUAGAUUCGUUGUAGCUGCAUGACAUGAAAUGGUAGACUGAAACGAUAUGCUCGCAG